CGCUUUAGGAAACAAACGAGACCAACAGCAGUUUGGGAGACUGGCAGGCUGUUGCUCCUCUGCUGCUUCCCAAUGAAACGUUAGAUUAUUUAGUGUGUUUGUUACAGUCAGACGUUAGAAGAAAGAAAACAACGGGAACCGGCUUGCCAGUUGACCAUGGAUUUGGUGGCAUUUCAUCCCGUUUUCGUUUUCCUCUGCUUGCUACAAGCGGCGCUGGCCUACGUGGAACCACCAAACAACGUGACCUUCCACUGUCACAAUAUGCGCAACAUUCUGAGGUGGAGUUACGAAAAACCUUCGCCAGGGCUACGAUUCAAAAUCAAGAUUGGUGCAACAAGCAGUUUAAAUGGUAACCCAGGCGAGCUUUGGGUGGACCCACCAGCUCCACUGGAGGCCGACCUGUCUUUCCUCUCUGAUAUAACUAAUGAAUACGUUGUUACGGUCACUGCUGUGAUUGGACAGAACGAGUCUAAAUCUGCCCCCGAGGAUGAAAUAAUUUUUAGUUACUUCACGGAAUCUAUUUUUAGAAAUCACAAAUGUUUUGUGGACUUCCCACCAGUUAACGUCACGGCCAAAGAGGAUGGCAUCGUCCUGUAUAGCUUCACACAUCCCUGGCUGGCGUACUUCCAGAACUUGCCUCUCCGUCCAAAAGGAAAGCAGAGGAAGAAGAAACGGCACGAUGAAGACAUCGACGAGCUACCGAUUUUCUAUUAUUAUGUUGUCAAGAACAAGCAAGAGCAUGGGAAACGGGACUGCGUGACGAGUGUGUGCGAGGGAAUGCUUGCAGAGGAUCCUGCUCAGAAGAAACACUGUCUGAGGUUCAAGGGAGAGCUGGAGAAAAUAUCAGUUCACUCCACGCAAGAGUACUGCGCCCCGCCAACAGAAAAACCAGACUAUCACACCCUCUACUACGUCCUUGCCAGCCUGUUGGCCUUGAGUGUACUUGCUCUUGUCCUAUUCAUGCUGUAUCGGAAAAUGACCUCACCCUCAACUUCUUCACCCAGCUCAAUGACGUUCACCAAUAAAGUGAAGCAGUGGACCUCCAGAGAUGUUCCCGAGCCGGUGUUUAUUCCAGAAGUGAGUCCUGCCUCACCCACACCUCUCCUGGACGACAGGGAUGUACAUACUUUUACUCCCACUGAGAACGAGUUACGUCUGCCCAUCGGGUUGCCGACAGAGGGUGAAGGUGUGUCUGACGUGGAGGUGGGGAAAUAUGAAGGAUCUGGGUACAUGGGGGGCAGAAGCUUUGAGGAAGAUGAGGAGCUAAACUCGGAGGAGGGGCCCUCUGGCUAUGAGAAACGUCAGGUGGUGGUUGAGUUGGCACCAGAUGAACAGGCUGAGGGCUACCGUGGCUGAAGGUGAAGUUGGAGCUUAAACCCUCUUGAACUUUGUGGCACGUUGAACGUUUGAUUUUAUGGUCAAAUGAGGCUUUCUGCAGCAAUCUGCCAUGAAAAUCUGAAUCUCAAGAGGCAGGUUACAGUCAUGGUUACAAAUUUCAGGUUGUGAUUUUUCCUUGUCUGACCAUCUCAAUGCCAAGUGAAAGGGAAGUCAGUAAUGUCUCUCUUGUGUGUGCACCAUGACAUUAGUUACUUUUUUCUUUGUAUUUACAUUAAUAUGUCAAAGGAGCACAACAAGCUAAACAUGCCAAAUCCAAUCAGCAUAUUAAUGUUGUCCAUCUGUUAAGAUCUUUAAUUUCUGAUCACUUGCAGUCCAUUUCAUUUUAAGCAAAUUUUGACAUGUUGCCAAAAAGAAAUGAAAACUGCAAAUUUGCCUGGUUUGGAGGGAAUAAACAACGCUACAGGUUACUGUAUGCUAUGAUUUAAGUAAACAUAGUAGAAGGCAUAGAGGUAGCAACAAGAUAUCAAAAAGUCUCAUCUAUGAUCGAAAAGCAAAGAGAAAGACAAAGACAAAUUAGUGCAUUAAGUCGAAUGCACACAGCAAUGGCAGAGUGAAAUGUUCCUCUACGUCAGAAUUUAUUCCCCUCAAAAAAUAUGUUUAAGAAAACACGGCGUGUGAUCCACUCUGCUGCCAUCACAAACACUGUAUGUCUAACAGUGCUUAGCUGAGAAGGCACUUCAUGUUAACAUCUAAAUAUGCUUUGAGAAGGCACUUCAUGUUAAUAUCUAAAUAUGCUACAGUAUAUUCCAUUUAUGUGGCUUCAAAUACAUGCAUUUAUCCUGGACAAGAACAAAAGCUUCCCCUUUUUUAUCUUUAAUGAGACCUCCGCAUAUAGCCAUGCUAAGAUCCAGCAUAAAAAGUCAGUGGCCUCGCUAAAUCAUGGCCGUAAGAGAAAUGCAUGUGGAGUAAAACAUUUUUCCCUGCAGCAAAUCUAGAAACUGCUUGUGUAGAAUAUAGUUGACUUUAAGGAACUUAGCUGCUCUAUCUCUUCUAAUGCAUAUUGAAAUACUUACAAAUAGUCACAUUUCCAGACUGUUGUAAACAUCUUUAUCAUGAAUAACAUCUGUCUUCAUCUGUUGCAUGGCAUUACCAAUUGUCAAUUCUUGUGCAAAGUGGUCACAAUAUUGUAUUCACUGUGAAAUAGUGUGUCUUAUGAGUACUGGGGAUUUCCUGUUGCUAUUUGCACUAAUUCUUCUUCUGCCUAAAUCAAAUCCUUAAGUUGCACAUUAUGUUUUUAGCAUCUUAAAGUUGCAGUUGCGAAGUUAAAGCAUCAUUAACUUCUAUGGUGUGACUUUUUUUUCUUUGUGAAAUAUAAUAAUUGGGCUGGUUUAGUUCAUCAAGUCCUUCAGGUUUGAUUAGAUCACUUAAAAAGAGUGAGUGUGGCUCAGUAAAUGCAGAGCAGUAUGGAUCUGUAGAGGAUGUUUUGCCUCCUUGUUCACCUCUCUGGCCUGCGAGUGGGUCAGGAGAACAAGGGAGAAGUGAAAUGAUGAAUUCACAGGAUGGGGUUUAGCUAUUGCCCCAAAUUAUGUUUGUUUAGAUGAAUGUAUGUAGAAACCCUGAGUCCAAGAGUGAAAAAAACAUUAUGUUUAAUAUGUAUUUGGCAAGUAAUGAUGAUGACAUGCGUUAACAAUUAAAACAUUUGGUUAAAAAUGUAUUUUUGUUACAUUGCCCUUUUUAAAUGCAUUAAAGCAGUUUUAAAGCUGCAAUUCAAUAAUGAGAAGUGACCUUACAUUACAGAAUCUGUUUCUCUAAUGUCAGGUUUUGAAAUGCUUAUAACUGUUUUUAUUUAACUUCUUUUUGUGGUGAAUAACUUAUAUUAAGUAUCUCUCAAGAGAAAAAACAAUCCUUUUUUUUGGUAAGUGAUGCUGACAAUGAAAAAGGGAAAACGGUUAUUUUUAUUUGUGCAAAAUGUUAAGUCCACCACUUUCAAUUAGGGAAGGACGGAUUGAAUAACCAGCAGUGACUGUCUGGAUGCUAUGAUGUUUGAAUGUUUAGUCUAUUAUUGAAAAGAGGCGAGCCUAUUCAACUUAAGCACUUAAUUCUUUAAUUUUAAUUAACCGUCCUUUUCUUUCUCAGUAUCAAUGUGGUAGUUAUCUCUGUGCCUCUGUCUACGUGAUGUUUCAUCUUCUAUCUGCAAACUACUGAUUUUUUGUGUUUAUUAUCAUGUAUUUUUUCAGCAUUACAUCAUUUCAAUAAAGUAAAGAUGCAUUAA